AUGGACGUGGACAGCAGCGGUCUCGGGGAUGUGACGGAAGACUGGACGCAUGCGUUUCUGUAUCCACAAGGGCCGGCGACAGCGACGUCUGCCCAGCCAACACAGGCGCUGACGGCGUACAGUCCGGGGCGGGCACGCGACACAAUGCGUGAUGCGCUGCGGCAGGCGCUGCGGCAGACGUCGAUGACGGGUGGCGUGCGGUUGGAAGCAUCGCGAGAGCAGCAGACGCAGACGCAGACACAGACGCAGACGCGGACGCAGCAGAAAAAGCAGGACGCAGCAGCAGCAGCAGUGGACGACCAGCAGGACGCGUCGUGCGUGGGAGUGGGUGCGGGCGCGAGUGCGGGCUGGUCGUGGGCGCAGGAGCGGCGGGACGCGGAGGCGAGCGGAAGCACGCUGAUGUUCCGGAAGCCGCAGGCGAUGGCGACGGUGGUGGUGCGCGGACAGGAGUUCUGGCUGCACGCGGAGCUGCUGUGCCGGCAGUCGGACUACUUUGCAGGGGCGCUGCGCGGCGGCUUUACGGAGGCGUCGACGCAGCGGGUCGAGCUGGACGGCGACGACAUGACGGCCGACGACUUUGGGCUCUGGGCCGAUAUGCUCUACCGCGUGCACUUCCAUCGUGUCGGCUCCUUUGUGCUGCGCAAGGAAGAGACUGGCGGCUCGCUGUCGACGCGCCAGAUCCUGACGCUCUGGCAGCUCUCGGACCGCUUCCUGCACCGGCCGCUGGCCGCGCUCACCAAAGAGAGCCUGCAUCACCGCCUCGGACUCUACUCCGUCGAGCAGUGGCGCCGUCUCUACCGCUCGCGGCCGGCCACUGACAUCCGCGCCCGCGUCGGCCGCCUGCAGGACGCCUAUCGCCAGUGUGUCGAGCACGGCCUGCCCUUUGGCGACGACAUCGUCGUUGCCUGUGCCAACUGUCCCCCCCAAGUCUACGCUGACUGUAUCGACCUGCUCGACGCUGAUUUCAUGGCCCUCGUGUCACGCCGUAUGAUCCUCGCCCACGCGGACGACUCGCUCCUCAGCAAGGACGAGCGCGAGGCCGCCGCCGCCGCCUCCGCCGUCAACCUGUCCCGGAUGGUUGACUGA